CGGGAGGAGUAACGAGCGGUGGAACUUCUCAUUAACGAAAUCGCAGAAGCAAGCGAUCGGACUGGUAUUAGAGUUAACGAAGUCACAAAGGUAACUCAUUUUUAUUAGUUCAGGGGUAAUUGGGUUCCUACAGUCUAAGAUCACGAAUGCUUGUUAACAAGUAAGAAUAUAACUUUAUUUUUUUGAUUAUCAGGAGUGACAAAAAGUGGUAUUAGGCAGCUAUAUUUUGUAGUGUCACAUCUUGUUUAAUGCAUUGACUCGUCCGCACGCUUCAAUAUUUCACAGACUUUGAGUACGUUGCACAUGUGUGGUUUCUCUUAUGAUUGAAAUUCACUGUAACCAUAAAACCGUGUGUCAGCAAUCAAAAGGAUCUCGGUGCGGGGUAAUUCUAACCAUAAGCAGCCAAAAAACAAAACAAAGCAAUAAAACAAAAUUGCACAAAUUAAGUACAGACAAAAUAAGCACACUUUUGAUGAAAAUGAGAGAGCGAGUGAAACUUUUUAAUGCCUUAAUUCACUUUUGAACGGUUAUUAGUAAUAUUUAAUCCUGGCCCAGAACUAGUUUUUUUUUAAGCUCUCGCGUUUUUUUAUAUCCUUCCAAUCUGAAAAUAAUACUAACUGAUUUCGAAAAGACGUUCAUAAAUAAGAAAUAGAAAAGUAUUUCGGGGGUUCCUGGUUUUCUCUAAGUAACACUGGCUGAUGUUACGGUGGCAAAAGGAGUAGAUGAAAUUACGUUAAAACAUCAACAUUUCCGAUCUCUGUUCAAUAACUCAACAAGGUUAUAUUAAAAAAACUAGAAGAGUCCACUCUAAAAUGAUUUUGGGCUUGUCAAUUGUUCGUUCUCGAGUUUUGAAGAAGGCGUUUGUUAAACUAUUUUCCGCCGCAGUCCGGACAAAGGCGAGUAAUCCGCGAUUUUGAUUGGUCUACGGUAAAUACUGCUUACUCCGAAAAAACAUCUGGCUCGUUCUUUGACUAAUGACUUAAAUAAAUUUUGUAAUCUUUAUUUAACCUAUACCACUAUUUCGGCCUUAGGUUAAUACUCGAACUCUACUCAGUGCUACUUGACUUUCAUUAGUCCAGUAUAAUGCAACUCUGGCGAGAUAUCACUGGUAGAAUUUUCCAGCGUAAUAUUACAAUCAUAUUUAUAUAGUCGACUUAAGCAAUCAUCGAAUGCUGGUAAUACAUCCGCCCUUUGGCGGAUAUUUAACUCUUAACCACGCUAUUCGUAAAGAGGGUGGGUGAGGUGCAUGUAAACAAGAUGAAAAUUUCUGCGCGUAUUAUCUAUCCUCAAGAAGGAUUAGGAUUAUAAAAGCUUUCGUAAGCGACCACACCGGCUCGAAUUCAUAAAGUGGUCGCAACUUGAGCUGAUCGUUCAAGAGAGUGGGCGUUACUGCGCUUUUCACAAACGUGCGAAUUCUGUUUUUCUAAAGCCAACUGACGAUUGCGUUUUUCGCUGCCGUCGAUCAUCUAAACCGACCUCUUAGGAAACAAAACUCUACAUUAACGGGUUCCAAAGGUCAUGGUUUUUGAUUUGUGAUUGGUGGGUUUCGAUCCGUUUUGUGUGUUUCUGUGUUUCAAGGUUAGUUGCUUGUGAUCGUAAUUAAUUAUGAAUUGUGAAGGCGGCUUUUGAACUUUAGAGUAGGCAUGUUUGUGAAAAGCGCAAUAAGCGACCAUGUGAAAAACCUAAUAAGGGCAGUCGGUUGCGAGAUUUUAACAGAAAGCUUUGGACAUGUUGUUACCAAUUGCCAAUGGUAUUUUAAAAUAAUAUUGAUUACACAGUCUUCUGUUACUUCACUUGCGAAGUUCAGUUCGUGUUAAUACAAGACAACGAAACAUACGCUUUGCCCCGGUAGGAGAAUUGCGCAUGGGUGACGACACACACACACACAAACAUAAACGGCUACUAACAAACUGCAAACAUCCAUAACAUCUCCAAAAUUAAGAACAUAAAUAGCACUACCAUUUUAUCACUCAUGCACGCAGUUAGUCGUUUUUAGGAGAAAAUUAACGAACAAGACCCUUUUUUUCAAGUUUUCUCUUUUUUUCUUUCAACAGAUACAUUUCACCUUAUUGAAGACGCAACUAAGUAAUCUCACGAUGAACAGAAAUAUUCUAUUUGUUUUUGGAAUUUUAACGCUGCUUACCAUCGCUGUAUUUUUAACGGACAGUAGCAAAUCCCGAGUCAGAUUUCAUGAAAGGCGGUUCUUGAGAUCGAGAUGGAGGCUUAGACCAACAACAAAACCGACCAGAAGAUAUCGUACUCCGUUGCGUCAGGCCCAAAAUAACCAACACAGCGAUAGUCCAACAAAAUUUGUUAAUGAAGAGGACGUUCGUAAAUAUUAUGAUGAUAUCUACGAAAAUGGUUAGUUAAUUUAGAAGGCUUAGAAAAUUAGCCUGUGAAAACAGUCGACAUUUCGCGACGUCCACUGAUUUCUCCGCGAAAUGACGUCUGAGAAAUGAGCGUAGAAAUUCCAUACUGAUGACGUGAACUACCCCGGUCUGAGAAGUGCUUCUUAGUCGUGGCGAGAGGGACAUUUGCUUUAACCAAUCAGCAGAACUACCUAGAUAUGGGUAGUGACACGUCACCAGUAUGGAAUUUCUGCAUUCGUUCGGCUCAGAGGUCAUUUCGAGGGGAAACUAGUGGUGUGGUCACGAAAUGUCGGCUGUUUUCUAAUGUUAUGAAAAUUGUACUUUCCUACCGAUCCUUGCUAAGCGAUGAAAACCAGUCGAAGAAUGCAGCACUAUAUGUAUGAGAAGAUCAUGUUACGACAAAAAUCAGGCGUUGAACAUAACAUAUGUCAUGUGAAAGAAUUGUAGGUGUCAUCUGAGCUGUCAGUAGUGACGCUGACAUGAAAACGAGUCGACUUGGUCUUCUUCUCUGAAUACACCGAUUCUAGAAAGACUGAAGUGUAUGUAGUCUAUCUAAGCGAGGCUGAAUGGAACAAAAAUUACGAUAAAAAGAAAUGAUCCACAAAUGAUGGGCAGCUGCAAACUGUAAAGCGGCUCAGUGAAAAUAAUAGAUAGAACGGGUUGGUUCAAUUUCGGUUCAGUAAGUACGCACUGUUGCACAGUAAUUGUGGGCCUUUUUCUUUUAAUAAACACUGUUCCGCGGAAGUUUAAAUUAGCCCGUUUCACUUUUUUGGUCAGCCGUUCUUUGUGUUGCCGUCACGCAACGCUCUAACGAACGUUGCGUGACGGCACAAAGAACGGCUGUGGAGUGGACGGUAUUGUUGAUUUUCACAUGACGUCACUAAAAUUCAAACUACAAAACUAUCGAUCCUACUGAGAUUUUACUUUCAUGGUGUUUUAGAGCAGCUGAAAACUAAUUUUCCAUCAAAUUUUCGCUUCAAAAGGGUUCUUGGUUUUGUAAUAGAGUACCCUUGAAUUUUUAAGCUUUUGCUGACGCAGCAUUUACAUGACGGCCGAAAGAGAUGUCAUUUAGGAUAAAAAAGUGACUUUUUUCGAGAAAUUUUGCUAUCUAAACAGUUCAAGUGUUAGAAAAAGUAUUACUUUAAUGUUAUGAGUUCCUCUAGGAGUAAAUUCACGCUUUUGUAGCAAAACUCGGUAACAGGUGUUUCUUUUGGUUUCGGUCCGCCAUGUUGGAGCUCAUCCGGAUGAGCUCCAGCAUGGCGUCUCCAUACAAAGCUCUAUAAAUUUGGGUGAAACAUUUCCUCGGAUAUCUCGUAUACGAGUUAUUCCUUCGACCCAAAUCUUGGCGAGGGUCUUUGUAUAUUCACCUCCUUUCAUUUCCCAGGUUCUGGACUUUAUAUGUCGAAUGGUUUUGAUUUUUAUUUUGAUCUAUUUUGGAUGGCGUGACACUGAAAGCCAGCAAUAUGGAGUGAUGUUACGCUUUUCUUACAUGCAAAGGCAAGAUUUUCCUGGAAUCUGUGUUUCACAUUUUUCCUCGCUAGCAAGCUCUUUUUCUAUGUAAUUAUGUAAGAAAGAAUACAUGAUCAGGCAGCUACUCGAUUACGGGUGUUUUGAUAUCUCUUGAAACUCAAUUGCUAUAUUGGAUCAAAAUGAAACAAACCGUGAAACUCAAGAAAACAAAUUAUACCAUUUGUAUAUACGGCUUUAUUCGUGUCCUUUCGGCCUCGCUAUUUGAGAGAUUUUUUUGUUAGACUGCAAAACAGUCCGUAUUUUUGCGUAUUCAAAUACGCGCGAGCAGUCAAACCAAAGGUCUGGAAUGAGGCUGAUAACAGAGAGCGAGACUGGGGAGAGGCGCGCCUCGCACGCCCGUAGGGCGUGUGAGGCUCGCGCGCUUCCAGCGCGUAAGACUCUUACGCCACGCUUUACCGAUUUCUUUACUGAUUUUGAGAAAAAAAACCGACUGUUUUGCAGUCUAUUUUUUUGUAUAGAUAUAUCAAAAUUUGAAUGCCGAAGUUCAUAAUUUACUCACGCAUAAUUUAUCGGAUCUAUCUAUACCGUAAAUUUUGUUAUUUUCUUUUAAAUAUGUUAUUUUUUGUGCUUUUAUGCGUAGGUGAUUUGUUUUAUCCAGAAGACACAAGAUCUGAAGAAAGAACGCUGUUAAGAUGA